AGGCAUGUAUAUUUGACACCGGGGACACAAGCCUCUACUAUAUCAAUCGACAAAUAAACAGAAUCCGUUAGUGGUAAACUGUAUUCGACCACAAUGUCUCGUGUUUGCAUGUUGUUCUUUUGCAUCGUGUUUGUAUACGCGAGUGGCAAUUUGAUAAGGGACGGAGUUGAUGACCCGUCAGUGACAACAAAGGAAAUUGUUGUGCCUAAAGAUGUCGAAGAUCUAGACCCGAUUCCUGUUGUGGAACCGCAGAUUGAAACUACGACGAAGAAAUGUGGUGAAAUUGGCGAAUUUUGCACGUACCACACACAAUGCUGCAGCAACGCUUGCCUCGGCUACAUGCGGAGAUGCGUGUCUGGCUCCGGAUAGAAAACACUUAUUUCUUAUUACUUUUUAGUUAAAAAAAAAACAUUAUUUAUUAAUUUUACGAAUUGGAUGUAUCGGAUGGUCCAUGUGUGUCAAGUCAGGCGGGUUCGCGGCGAACUCCAUGAUCUCUUUCAUAGCACCUUCGGAAAUUCUCCAUAGUUCUGGAUAGUCCCUUUUGAAAUCAUUGUACCAUUUGUGUAUCUGGAAAAGAAAUAAAAAUAUAUUUUUAAAA